AUGAGGGAGUUUGGCCAAUUUGUAUCUGCAAAAAAUCAUGAUGUUGUAGCUCUUAAUGCUAGAUAUGGGAUGGAUGCUGAUGAGUGGUGGUAUGUACAUGGUCAAGGCUCCGUUUACUUGCAGCCUCUUGCAAUUAAACUUAACUCCCAAGUUGCAAGUUCUUCUUCAGCUGAGCGGAAUUGGAGUACAUACUCCUUCAUCCACUCAGUCAAACGUAAUCGUUUGGGUGCAAAGAAAGCUGAGGAUUUGGUCUACAUACACUCCAACCUUCGUUUGUUGUCACAUAAGGACCCUGAAUAUAGUGAGGGUGUAACAAGGAAUUGGGAUCUAGCCCCUGAGUGUGCUGAUUUAGAUGCUACAGUUGCACAACUUUGA